AUGGGCAACGUGGCUGCCUCUUGCUUCUACCCCAACCCAGAGCAGCAGAACGCCAACACUCGACUCGAUCUCGUCCAAUCGACCAGCAGCAGCAGCAUGAUGAUGAUGAUGAAGCUCCUCUUCGCCCUUCUCCUGGCCAGCUGCCUCCUCGCCGUGGCUCAUGCCGACGCCACUACCGCCAACAACGUUGUUGUGGGCACGACCGCGACCAAGGUGGUGGAGCCCGUUAUCGUGAGCAAGACAGCCGUCGUUUCGGCCGGCGGUGCGCUGCGGCCCUUCUCCUACCUGUGGUGA